CCUUUAGCCCAUCUGCAGGCUGCACCAUCAAAUUUUGCAUUAAAACACCUCCAUUAUUUAUCCUUGCAGCCACUCCCAGAUCUACCUCCGGGCACACGCCACCGCGAACACAAAACAAUCCAUUAAAAUGAGAUCCCUAAACUACCGAGCUCCAGCGAUGGAGCACACAAGCGCGACCUUGAAAUACAAGCGUAAGCAUCCUUUUCAUAAAAAACGACAAUACCAUCACAGAAAGAAGCAAAAAUCAGUCUCCAAAAUUGAGAAAACCCUAACCCUUAAACCUCAUAACUCAAAUCAAAACCCAGUCUCUUUAUCAAAUAGAUUCCAAUCAAUUCAGCGCAAGAAAAGUCAUAAUUACGACAGUAAUUUUGAAUAUAACCGCAAGUGGACCUUCUCUUGUCAUGAUUCCCCAGCUUAUGAAGAUAGAGUAGUGUUUGUUUCAUACAAUAUAUUAGGUGUUGAAAAUGCAUCAAAGCAUCCGGAUUUAUAUUUCAAAAUUCCGUCGGAAUUCAUGGAAUGGGAACGGCGAAAAGAGCUUAUAUGUAAGGAGAUGCAUCACUACAAUGCAGGGAUACUCUGUUUUCAGGCAGGAAGUCGAUCGUUUUGAUGAUUUAGAUGAUCGUCUACAGAAGGAUGGGUUUAGAGGUGUUUACAAGGCUCGAACGGGCGAAGCAUGUGAUGGGUGUGCUGUAUUUUGGAAAGAUAAAUUAUUCACCCUCUUGCAUGAAGAACAUAUUGAGUUCCAGAGUUUUGGCCUUCGAAAUAAUGUUGCUCAAUUUUGUGUUUUAAAGAUGAAUGAAAAUCAAUCAGAGACUGGCUUGCGUACAGAAGCAUCAAAGAUAAUAUCCCCAAAAAGGCGAAGCUUAGUGGUUGGAAAUAUACAUGUACUCUUCAACCCAAACCGUGGAGAUAUCAAGCUAGGUCAGGUUCGAAUAUUUCUUGAAAAAGCAUACAAAUUAUCACAAGAAUGGGGCAACAUACCUAUUAUAAUUGGUGGGGAUCUAAAUAGCUUACCACAGAGUGCUAUUUAUCAGUUUCUCACUGCUUCUGAGUUGGAAAUCCUGCUACAUGACCGUAGGAAUAUUUCUGGGCAGCUUGAAUGUCCACCACAGCAGAAAGACUUGAGAUCCCGGGAUGAAAAUGUGGCGAGGUCAUUGAUUUAUAGAUGGAGUGAUGAAGAAUUAAGACUAGCAACUGGUAAUGAAGAACUCACACAUCUUCAACACGAAUUAAAACUCUAUAGUGCAUAUCUUGGGGUUCCGGGGAGCCGUGGCUUGAGAGACAACCGAGGAGAACCCUUGGCAACUUCGUACCACUCCAAGUUUAUGGGAACUGUUGAUUACAUCUGGCAUACAAAGGGACUUAUUCCUGUGAGAGUUCUUGAAACCUUACCAAUUAAUAUUUUGAGAAGAAGUGCAGGGCUUCCAAAUGAGAAAUGGGGCAGUGAUCAUCUUGCUCUUGUAUGCGAACUGGCUUUUGCAAAUGAUGGAACUAUUGUCUGAUUCUUUUUUUCCAAAUUUAAAUCCCUAAUGAGGGAGUUAAACAUCGACUCCUUCAAGCACUCGAUAUUAUGUCAAAACAGCUUGGAGUUCCAUAUAUUUUGUGGGACAAGGUUCAUCAUCUUCAAUGAAGCAAGGU